UUUGUUCUGGAAACAGGCUCGGGGCUGAACAGGUUACAAUAAUGAAACAAAAUACACUAUAUAGUCGAAAAUAUUGGCACACUCCUCUUAAUCAUUGAAUUCAGGUGUUGAACAUAACACAAAGAUACAUCUGCCUUUUUGUAACUAAAUCAAAUAUAAAUGUCCAUGAUCCAGCCUGCGACCUCGCCUCGUGCUUGUGAGACAGAACUCCAGUUACAUUCCAGUUGUAUUCUUCUUCGUCCUUCCUGUUUUGAUCACGCUGCUCUUUUCAAAAUUCAGAUUUUUUUUCCCAUACUCAGAAAUCUGCUUUUUAUAAUUAAUUGAUGUCCUCGUCUUUGUUUUCAUUCUAAAUCUCCUAAAUAGCAACUGGCUGUUUGUAUGGAAGUCUUUGAGGGGAUUCUACCUUCUGACGCUUCUGAAUUUAAUCUUUUGAAAGGGAAAUAAACUCACAGAAAACCUGUGUAACAGAAGUUAAAUAAAUGCAGAAAUAAAAACUGGAUUUAGUUUCUAAAAGUCUGCCUCUGAAGGCCAGAGUCAGUGAAGCCAUGUGAUUCCUCAACAGAACAUAUUAAAACGGAUAUCAAAUAGAAAUAAUCUGCUUCUAGCUUUAGUUCUUAUUAAAGGUGUAUUUAUAUCAGCAGAGCGUCAUGUGACUCUCUUUGUGUCGGAGGGGUCAUGUGACCCUGGAGGCUAAAAACAGACCUGAGGUCAGAUUACAGGCGCAGGACGCAGCAUGGAGGACGCCUGCAGUACAAGGAUGCUGAGAGGCAGGAAGACGUCAUCCUGUCCGAACUCACUGUGACGGCACAGGAAGUGAUCAACAACAGGAGGUGAUCAACAGGAAGUGGUAAGCAGGAAGUUGUCAACAGGAAGUGGUCAACAGGAAGUGGUCAUCAUGGUGGUCGUGGCCUGCGGCUCUGUGAGCUCCAUCAAAGCUUUGUGGGAAACGAGGAUCAAGAGAGUCCAGGAGGAGAAGGAGGACCAGACGAAGAGCCCGAGGAGCAGACUCAGUGUUGGUGCCUGGGAGGACCGGGCGAUUCUGGCCCGGCUGAAGGAGAAACUGCAGACUGAAGAGGGACGGCUGGUCCUCCGGAUCGAACAGGAAGACUGGAAGUCGCUGCCGGGCUGCUUGAUCCAGUUCACCCAGGUCCAGGAGUGGCAGAUCCACCGGACCGGCCUUCAGAAGAUCCCUCAGUUCAUCUCCAGCUUCCAGAACCUCAUAGUUCUGGAUCUGUCCCGAAACGGGAUCUCAGAGAUCCCCAAACCCCUCGGGCAGCUGACCCGCCUCAAAGAGCUGCUGCUGAGCUACAACAGGAUCGAGUCUGUUCCUGAAGACCUGAGCGGCUGUGAGAGUCUGGAAAGGCUGGAGCUGGCCAUGAACCGGGAACUGAGCGAACUGCCAGACCAGCUGAGGAACCUGAAGAAGCUGAACCACCUGGACCUCUCCAUGAACGCCUUCAGCUUCAUGCCGGACUGCCUGCUCCACAUGCCGGCUCUCGAGUGGCUCGACAUGGGAGGAAACUGCCUGGAGUGUUUACCUGAGGACAUCGACAGGUGUCGGAAAGGUGACGGGGACAUCUGCGACGUUCUUCCUUCACGCCUCAUAGAAAUGAGAUAUUUAGGAGACAGCAAGUAUGUGUCUUCUCAUAAAUAUCAACAACCUGAAAUGCCCUGUCUCCUCCUAUCACAGCAAGAGGCAGCUGCUCCGUCGUACAGUUCAGAGUCACACAUACUGUAGGAUCAGUGCAUUAAAACAACCCAUAAAGUGGAGACAACUUGUAUUUUCUCCAACACCCUUCAAUAUUGUUUUCUUGUCGGAGUUUAUAGAUUUAUUAUCUUCACGGUCUACUGUAUAUGUUUCUACUUUGUAAUGCGGUGUUGUUUAUUACUACUUAUGUGCAAUGUUUUGUUUUGUUGUUUUUUAUGCUGCUGCUCUUAUCUGAUCUUACUAUUACUCAAGUAACUGAGUGAAUACUUCUUCAACCACUGCCUUUCACAAUAAAAGCCCUGCACACAUAAUGUUUCAUUUUUACAAUUCUUCAUUUAGAAGAAGUUGAGGACAUUUCACCAGUUGCAAUGAAAUAGACUUGCAGUUACAGGGAGUAGUAAACCUUCACAAUAAGGGAACAGUAAGCAUUGAAACCCUCCCUCUGAUGUGCAUCUUAUACAACGUUCAUGAA